UGCGGCAGCGCAGAUCUGACAUCUAGCCAACACUGGACGGGAAGGGAAUAAAGAACCAAUGCGUGUGAGAAAAUGUCGCUGUAAAUUGACAAUUAUCUUUGUGUUUUCGUGCUAAAUCUGAAAAGUCUGCGUAAAAUAGUGCUCGAGUUAGUGUGUGGCCGCAACGGGAGGGCAGAACGAUGGCGGGUAACAUGUCUUCCAGCUCAAACGGGGAGCUAAAGAAGCUGUCGGAGGAGUCGCUUCUACAGCCGCCGGAAAAGGUCUUCGACAUCAUGUACAAGCUGGGCGAGGGCAGCUACGGCUCGGUGUACAAGGCCCUGCACAAGGAGAGCAGCAGCAUCGUGGCCAUCAAGCUGGUGCCGGUCGAGUCGGACCUGCACGAGAUCAUCAAGGAGAUUUCCAUUAUGCAACAGUGCGAUUCGCCGUAUGUGGUGCGUUACUACGGCUCCUACUUCAAGCAGUACGACCUGUGGAUCUGCAUGGAGUACUGCGGUGCCGGCAGUGUCUCGGACAUCAUGCGGCUCCGUAAAAAGACGCUCACCGAGGAUGAGAUAGCCACCAUCCUUUCGGACACGCUCAAGGGCCUGGUCUACCUGCACCUGCGCCGGAAGAUCCAUCGCGACAUCAAGGCGGCCAACAUCCUGCUCAACACCGAGGGCUACGCCAAAUUGGCCGACUUUGGUGUGGCCGGCCAACUGACUGACACCAUGGCCAAGCGAAACACAGUCAUUGGUACGCCCUUCUGGAUGGCCCCUGAGGUGAUCGAGGAGAUCGGGUACGACUGUGUGGCGGACAUCUGGUCGCUGGGUAUCACCGCCCUGGAAAUGGCCGAGGGCAAGCCGCCGUAUGGUUUUAUCCAUCCCAUGAGAGCCAUCUUUAUGAUCCCCCAAAAGCCGCCGCCCUCGUUCUGCGAGCCUGACCGCUGGAGCACCGAGUUUAUCGACUUUGUGAGCAAAUGCUUGGUCAAGGAACCGGACGAUCGAGCCACGGCCACCGAGCUGCUGGAGCACGAAUUCAUACGGAAUGCCAAGCAUCGAUCCAUCUUGAAGCCGAUGAUUGAAGAGACCUGUGCCAUUCGCGAGCAGCAGCGGGCGAACCGAAGUGCCGGCGGCAUUCUGGGUGCCAGUCAGGCCAAGAAUCUGCCCACGCAGGAGAACGGAAUGCUGCAGAGCAUACUAGACAACGUGUUCAUCGAGGACCCGGGAACUCUAGUGCCGGAGAAGUUCGGUCAGCAGACCUCGGAAUCGGAUGCCACCAUGAUAGCACAUGCAGAGCAGGACGUAGACGAGGGCACUCUGGGACCAGGCGGCCUGAGGAAUAUGGCAAAGGAAGCGGGUCCCACAGUUGCCGGAGCAGCGGCUACCUCCGCUGCUUCUCCCCUGGACGUGGCAGCAGUAGAUAGCGGCACCAUGGUGGAACUGGAGUCCAAUUUGGGCACCAUGGUUAUCAACUCGGACUCUGACGACUCCACAACGGCCAAACGCAAUGACGACCAGAAGCCGCGUAACCGCUACAGACCGCAGUUCCUGGAACACUUUGAACGUAAGAAUACUAGCGAUGCUCGCGGCGAUGACAAAUCCAUGGCCACCGAGUACUCUCCGGCGGCAGCGGAGCAACAGCAGCAACAACAGCAGCAGCAGCUGCAGGAACAGGAGGAACAGCACUUGGCCAGCGGGGCCAACGAUGUGAACAACUGGGAACACAACAUGGAAAUGCAGUUCCAGCAGAUCUCCGCCAUCAAUCAGUAUGGUCUGCAGCAGCACCAGCAGCAGCAGCAGGUCCUCAUGGCCUACCCCCUGAUGAACGAACAGCUCAUAGCGCUCAACAAUCAGCAGAAUCUACUGCUGAGCAACGCAGCCCCAUUGGGUCAGCAGGGAAUACCGGCAGCGGCGGCGGCACCGGCACAGCCACCGCCCGCAUAUCAGAAUCAGCACAUGCACACUCAGUCACAUGCGUAUGUAGAGGGCGAAUUUGAGUUCCUCAAGUUCCUUACCUUCGACGAUCUGAAUCAGCGGCUGUGCAACAUCGAUCACGAGAUGGAGCUGGAGAUCGAGCAGCUCAACAAGAAAUACAAUGCCAAGCGGCAGCCCAUUGUGGACGCCAUGAACGCGAAGCGCAAACGCCAGCAGAAUAUCAAUAAUAAUCUAAUUAAGAUAUAGGAAUAUAGCAACGCAACUCAAAAUUUUGCAAGGCAACUAAAAAGGCAAUUUCAACUCACAAAAGGGUUCUUUCCUUUAGCUUGAAUAGGUCCCGAACGCUACCAACAUAUACAUUUGCUGUAUAGUUAAGUAGUUAUCCGUAUUCGGAGCGAAUUCAAUAUAAAGGAAAGACCCCGAAAAAAACCUUAAAUCACAAGAAAGGAGAACACAAAAGCUUUAUUGUAAAAUGCAGUGAAAACAUAAAUGAAAUAUGUGGUCAGAGGAGCAUUCGUCGUCGUCGGCAAAACCUUCCAGCACGAAUCAUUAGGUAUUUGUUUUGUUACACGUUUCGUUUGCAUUACAUUUUAGUUCGGUUUCCCUAUUCAAUUGAUCUGUUCGAAUAAAAUUUGUAUUCUUAGCUGCCUGGCAUAA